AUGGAUUUACAGAAAAAAUGGAAAAGACAGAAAGAAAUAAAGGGUAAUUAUUUACAACAUAUUAAUUUCACGUGUUCCUACCAACACGAAUCCUCUAGUUUGGCUGCAUGGGGAAAUUCUUCCAAUCUCCCCGCGAAUUUGAGAAAGAUGGCCGACGUAGAUAUUGCUAAAUACACCCAAGACAAUUGGGAGGAAUUGAGAGACGAAUUGGAACCAUAUGCAAAAAGGGAUACCCUAUGUCUUGGAGCUUGUUUGAUAAAAUACAACCAAGUCAUGAAAGAAGUUGUAAACCAGAAUAUGUCCAAUAAUCUAACGGCUCCAUCUUUAUCUUUAAAGGGUUGGUAUUAUUUAUAUCAUUACGAUAAAGAAAUGGUUGAAGAAGAAUGGUAUGAAACUACUAGAAUGGUUGCGAAACAUACCGAAAAAGAAAAUAUAGAAAAAGUUUAUUCGCACCCUAAUCCUUUUAUAAGAAAUUUUAUCAGACGAUCUAUUAAAGGAGGAAGAGUUUCGGCAAAUAGAAAAUGA